CUAGACAGUAGUCUUGGUUACCCUGCAGGUUAUCUGAAUACCUCCUUUUCUACCAAAUGUGAAGGAGACUGGAAAUGUCCCUUGGUGUGGCAAUAUGGAUAUCCUAUCGCACUUCAAGAUACACCCCCGUAAGUUCUAUGCACGAAUCACAUACUCCUGAUCGGAAGGAGUAGGACAACGUCUGAUCCCAAACUUCCAGAACUGAAAUCGUGUUGACAGCAUCAAUAGGUGUUGCGAAGAGACUGGAAAGGUCAUGGCCUGCCCUGACAACAUCUGCGACUGUUAUGAAGUGUCAGUACUGGCCGCAACAUUAACGCCACUUUCGACAUCGACACCUUCUGCUAUACCGACCGCAUCGGCUAGCUCAUCUCCAGGAACGACCAGCGCACCACUGACCAGCGUGACAGCAAUUUCCGAAUUACCCCGCUCGACGCAGGGACCAAGUCCGACCACAGCUCCCACGAGUGGUCUAUCUACAGGCGCCAAAGCAGGCAUAGGCGUCGGGGCAGUUGUAGGUGGAGCAGCAGUCUUCGGUCUGGUCUUCUGGCUCGCUUUGGUUGUUCGUAAGAGACGCAAAGUAACAAGUAAUGUCUCUCCGGGAGUGGAUACUGGGGAACCUGAAUGGAAAGAUCAGACCCGUAACAUGCGUGACUCUAAUCAACGCGUGGUCACGGGUCUGGGAGAGGCUCCUAAUAUGACGGGUAGAUAGGUGCCAGAUGUUAGGCAUGUGUUUGCGCAAGCUGGCUCCAAAUGCUGAUAUUGGUGGUGGCGUACACUAGUACACAAAAACGCUUCGUCUUGAUAGCUGUUCUGCUACGGUCUCAGGGAAUAAAAUCAGGAUACACUAGCACUACCGGAGGUUGCACAUACUUUUGAUAUUCACGUUUUAGCUGUAAUAGUUACUCAAUCCUUUAGGUUCUUAUAGUGUGCUAUGGCGAG